AUGACAUUAAUAGAGGACCUCCGCCUUACCAAGGUGCAGUCAGCAAAAGGCAGCAAGGUGCCUGCAACAUUCGAGAUUUCUCUUUCGCCAUUCUCGCUUGCGAUUUGUGAGGAUUGGGAAAAAUACAGCACAUCUUUGGAAAUAGUUCGAUUCAACAAGUUUGGAUCCGGUCAGCAAGAGUUGCAAAGCGAUCCAUCAUCUACAGUUGUCCCUCGUUUGUAUCUAGUCGAAAAGUAG